AACUGUCAGUUUCUCAUGACCGGCAGCGUACAGUUGUGCAGUGCAUUCCAUCAAAACAAACCGCAUGUGUUCCACGCACCAAAAUAAAUCACCAAAAUUUUAGAAAUUUGUGAAAAUGUCCCGACGUCCCGAACACAUCGCUCCACCGGAGAUUUUCUACAACGAGGAUGAAGCGAAAAAGUAUACGAACAACACACGCAUCAUCGACAUCCAGGUGCAGAUGUGUGAGCGUGCCAUCGAACUGCUGGCCCUCGAUCCGGACGAUGAUUCACCGCAGCUAAUCCUCGACAUCGGCUGUGGGUCAGGACUAUCGGGCAGUGUGCUCGAGGAGCAAGGACACGUGUGGAUCGGGAUCGAUAUAUCCAACCAUAUGCUGGACAUUGCAAUUGAUCGGGAAGUCGAGGGCGACCUGCUGCUCGGUGAUAUGGGCCAAGGGAUGCCUUUCAAACCGGGUACCUUCGAUGGAGCCGUUUCUAUUUCCGCUUUACAGUGGCUCUGUAAUGCGGACAAAAAGUCACACGUUCCACCCAAACGCUUGUAUCAGUUCUUCAGUACGCUGUUUUCCAGUUUGACUCGCAACGCCAGAGCCGUUUUUCAGUUUUAUCCCGAAACGGCAGAUCAGAUCGAACUGGUCACUUCGCAAGCAAUGAAAGCCGGCUUCUACGGUGGUAUUGUGGUGGAUUAUCCCAACUCUGCCAGGGCGAAAAAAUACUUCCUGGUGCUGAUGACCGGGGGUGUGGCCAAGCUCCCGGCGGCUCUCGGUACGGACGACAGUGAGGGACAGAUUGGAUACAGCCGUAAGCAGGCAGAAUACGCACGAAAUGCACGGGGAAAACCGUUGAAAAAGUCACGCGAAUGGGUUUUGGCCAAGAAGGAAAAGCGAAGGCAGCAGGGUGUUGAAACGCGUAAAGAUUCACGAUUCACGGCACGGAAGCGAAGCGGUAGGUUUUGAAACAUAAAUAUGCUGCUCAUGAGUGAGAAGAAGAAUGAAACUCUACCAACGCGUCGACUUUUGGACUCACGUAGCACAAGGGCCUGCGGUGUAUUGUUAUUGCUCUAAAAUAUGUACAGAUAAAUAAUACGAUAGCUCCAGCCACGCUUAA